GCCGUUUUCAAGUUGCAAACGGACUGAUUGCCCGCCUCCCGCUGUCGCUUGGUUGCAAGAUGUUUUUUCGUGUCUAUCGUUUCCGAAAUGUAAUCAGAAGUGCGCGUCAGUUUAAAACUUCUGCUCAUUUUAAUACCGAUCUAACUCUGACGUUUGCAUCCGCUGGACAAGUGUUCUAUAAUAAGGUGGCUGUUCGUCAAGUCGACGUUCCAACCCUUUCUGGGCGCAUCGGUGUUUUGGCUGAGCACGUUCCAACCAUUGCAUGCCUUAGCCCCGGGGUGGUGUCAGUCACUGAGAAUGAUGGUAAGACCAAUGAUUUCUUUGUGAGCAGUGGGACAGUCACAGUGAACAGUGAUUCGUCUAUUCAAAUUAUCACUGAGGAGGCUGCAGCUCUGGACGAUUUCGAUGCCCGUGCUGUCUCUGAAGGCUUUCAUCGGACUCAGUCUGAACUGUCCACCGCACAGACGGACUUGGCCAGAGCAGAGCUGCAGAUUGCCCUGGAAGCAUACGAACAGUUGAAUCAAGCUGUCCUUUCACGAAGUCGCUGAUGACUAGUUUACCCGGCAUUAAUGCUUUCCUAGCUCAUAUUGGAUAAUACAUGCCAAUUUUAUUGA